AUGCAAAAAAAUGAAGAUGAUGUUUUGGUUCACUCUUCUUUUCAUAGUUUGCCUAAAAGAACAUGCCUCGUUCGCUUUUCAGCCAUCGUUGAUCAGGACACCGUUACAGAUACCGAUGAUAAGAUAGAAAGUGAGGCGGGAGAUCAAUCUAAUGUAGCAGAUGACUCAACAAAGUCAGCAUUGCAGAACGCUCUCGAAGGAUUCCCGUUGGGAUUAUUUCGAAAAGACGGAUUCAAGAAACUGCCACCGCUGCGCUUUGAAGAUUUGGAUCUGCUGUUCUACGACGUCUUUCUGGUAGUGAAUCUUUCUCUUUCGAUUUCUUUCUGGGUGACCCAUCGGGUAGACUUCUCGUAUCUGCCGGUAGCUCUGAAUGAAGGCUGCAUUUUUUCACUCUUCUGGAUUCUGUCUGGUCUGUAUCAUGGUGCUUUCUUGAUGUCGGCUGUAGAUGGUCACUAUGGUUCUUCGGAUGCAGCAGGAGGACCCAAAGCUGCGGCUGCUCUUGGGCUGAAUACAUACAUUGGUGCUGUCAAUAUGAGACUUGUAUUUGCGUUAGCAUCUGCUGUAUUGCACCAUCGCGAGGUGGGUGUAAACGCAAUCGAAGAACUCAUACCACUGGAGAUUGGAUGUGGAAUAUUUUUGAUGACUAUGUGGAGAGCCUUGCAUUCAUACGUCGCACCAAGAGUCUGA